CAAUCAGAAAUAAGAACCAAAAUGUUGAGUGAAAAGAUUUGAGCGCUGGAUUUAUCAGGACCGUUUAGUUCUGCUGGAGGAGGACUGGUUCUGUUCAGGGACCCAAACGAACCAGAACCUGUGGGUCUUUUUUUUUUUUUUUAAUAUAAAAUGUUUUCCAUCAGGUCUGACCUGACUGCAGGGAGCAGAACCGGGUCAGGUGUUCUCAACAUGUUCUGAGUCCAAACUGAAGCAUGAUUGUUCUUUGUCAGACCCAGUCCAGGUUCCGUUCCUCAGCUCGACCGGACCAGCAGCACCGAACCGACGCUCUGCUUCGUUCAAGUCCAACAUUCUGGUUCGGGACUUUUUUCUGCACCUGAAAAAGCCCAUCCGAACCCUGGGAUUAAGACCUGGACCAAACAGGACUGAGACUUCAUCAGCAUGGAGAAACAUGUUGGCCCAGACUCAGAGCGGCCCCAGAACCAGAACCGGGCCAUCCUCCCCCUGCUGCAGCCCCCGGACCUGCAGCAGUCCAACAUCACCAACUUCUGCAUCGACAACAUCCUCAGGCCGGACUUCGGCCUCAGGCGCAAGGACCGGACUCCGGUUCGGGACGGGUUCGGGUUCGGUCUGGUGAUGAGAAGCAGUGAACGGACCGGGAGAAAACCGUCCAAAACCGGGUCUUCCCAGGACCGAGGCUCGGGAGCAGAUGCGGACCCCAGAGGGUCGGAGGGCAAGAGUCCGGACCCGGAGGCCCGGAGGCCCGAGGUCCGGGAGGGAGACCGAGACCGGAGCCCCGAGGCCGGAGGGGCCCCGGCGGCCCGGGGCCUGCUGUGGCCCGCCUGGGUCUACUGCACCCGGUACUCCGACCGUCCAUCUGCAGG